UGGGCUCCAGUCCCCACGGUCUCCACUCCUCAUCCACCACUCCUGCUCUCUCCGUGGAAGCACAUUGUUCAACGCGGGCUCGUUACACCCAGGACCAAUGAAGGCUUCGGUGCAUUUUUUAGUCCCUGAAAAUUAAAACAGUUUUGCGGACAGAGAAAAAAAAAAAAAAAAGGGACGCGCGGCGGAAACGAAGAAGAGGACGACCAGGAACAAUUUUUUUAGAUACAUUUUUUUUUUUGUUGUUUGUUUUUCUUCCUCUCCGGUAGACGAAGCGUCGCUCUUGUGGCUAAUUAGACCUCUGCUCGGUUGGCGUGUGCAGUGAGCGGCGGCGGCGGCGGUGAGCGUCAGCGGCGGCGGCGGCGGCAAAGAUGACGGAGUACAAGCUGGUGGUGGUGGGAGCUGGAGGCGUGGGCAAGAGUGCGCUCACCAUCCAGCUCAUCCAGAACCACUUUGUGGAUGAAUAUGACCCCACCAUCGAGGAUUCCUACAGGAAGCAGGUGGUGAUUGACGGGGAGACCUGCCUACUGGACAUCCUGGACACUGCAGGUCAAGAAGAGUACAGCGCCAUGAGGGACCAGUACAUGAGGACAGGGGAGGGCUUCCUUUGUGUCUUCGCCAUCAACAACACCAAGUCCUUCGAGGACAUUCACCAGUACAGGGAACAGAUCAAACGCGUGAAGGACUCGGAUGAUGUUCCCAUGGUGCUUGUGGGAAACAAAUGCGACCUCCCGGCGCGCACAGUCGACACGAGGCAAGCUCAAGAACUAGCGCGCUCGUACGGCAUCCCUUACAUCGAGACCUCUGCCAAAACACGACAGGGAGUGGAGGACGCCUUCUAUACGUUGGUGAGGGAGAUUCGACAGCAUAAGCUGAGGAAGCUAAACCCGCCGGACGAGAGCGGCCAGGACUGUAUGAGCUGUCGCUGCGUGGUGUCGUGAUCCAGAUCAGCCAUUACACGUUGAGCAGAGAUGCUACAGUGGCGACGUGGCAGCAUGGACAUGAAGACGGAAAGAUGAAACAACUCAAUGAUGAAUAUAAACUUUUUUUUGCAAAAAAAAAAAGAGGACGAUUGAAGCAAAAAGCUCUCAAGCCGGGGGGGGCCCGACUGAACCAUAGACUUGAAUGGAAAAGGAGGAUUUUUGGGGACUGUUGCCAGAGCGGCUAGCCUGAACUAGCCUGAACUAGCCUCCUUUUUUUUCCAUUGGUCCACAUCGGCCUGUGAGCGGCACCACUAAUCUUGACUCUUCGUCAGCUCCGGCGUGUUCACUGGGGACGGCUCCACAGUUUUUCCUGCUAACUUAUUGUUUUAAGUCUCAACACUGGUCGCAAAAGAAGAGAUGGGGUGGGGAGGAUGGGGGCGUCCCUCACCUCCUCACCUCCUCAGCUCCUCUCACCUUGAAAGCCUGAUACCACUCCCCCCUCCCUCCCUCCCUCCCUCCUAACCUCCCACCUGCCUCUCCGCCCGGAAGGACUGAGCGACUUAAACGGAGAGGACUGGUUCGGUCUCCGACGUAGCCCCACCUCCCUGUCCACUCCACCUGCCUUUGGUUUCCUUUGAGCCGCCGCUUCUGUUCUGGGGGGGGGGUGGAGGAAGUCGAGGCUGACACGGGAAUGGCUGUAAUUUUUUUUUUUUUUUAGUUUAUUAACUAGCCUAGCUGUAAAAUAAUGUUUGAUAAUGUGCGAUUGGAGGUGAACAGAGGUGGCACCUGGUUUGAUGUUUUUAUUGACCCGUCUGAGUUUGGGAGCAAAAGUUCUUUGCAAUCGAUUGUCUGUGGAACAAUAAUAAUAAUAAUAAUAAUAAUAAUAGUAACGGCUAGCGUACGUAGGUUUCAGGUGCAAUAGAAUCAUUUACUUUCCAAAUUACGCAAAGUAUUGGGAAUAAAGCAUCUCUCGUGGCUACCUACUUUUCCUUUUUUUUUGUUUUUUUGUUUCUGUAGAGGUACAGUGCAUGAACUUGUCGUCUUGGCGGUCGCCCCAAAUAAUUUUCUUGCCUUUUUUUAUUCCAGUAACUGUCCGGUGCACAGAUAGUUUUAUCGCGAUAGCAGCUGGUUUAAAGCUCGACUGUGGCUCCUUGGUGGUUUUAUAGGACUCAGGAAUCUGGGAACGUCUCCAUUAAACAAGUCCUGGAAACCGGGGAAGAGUCUCCACACACACCAUAACGUCCUCAAACUGCUUCUCUGCCUCUUUUUGCUCUUCGGAGGAUCAGCAGCGAGUCAGGUGCUAGUCACGGCAGAACCAACAUUACUGUGUGGACUAUUGUGUGUUUGUUGUGUGUGUGUGUGUGUGUGUGUGUGUGUGCGACAGGUGACGGACGGUGGGUCGCGAGCAUCGUUUUUUUUUUUUUUUGUUUGUUUUGUUUUGUUUCUCAGUCCGGACGGGUUGACGCUCUCCAUAGCUGUGUUACUUGCUGCCUAAAUAAUAAAAAAAGAGACCGAUGUGUGUUUACGUUGCCUUAUCUGUUAGCUAGUUCGUACCUCAUGUGUGCAGCGGGAUCCACUCG